AUGGCCCCCACCAUUCUGACAAGCCUAGCUCUAGCAGGGAAUCUAUUGAAGAUGAUCCAUUCAUUGCUGCGUCCACUUAUUCCCAGAAUUCAGUCAAUAGAAGGGACAGGAAGAGAGAUUCCAGUGUCAACUAUGGAUACCAACCAGACGGUAGAGAACUUAGGCUUAAGCCAACAUUCUUGAUCCAUAUGAUGCCUUAUAAGGCUAACCGUACAGAGUUUUCUUGAUAACGUUGAAUGUGGCUGUAAUUAAUGUAAAGUGUUUUCAUAGGAACAUAACUCAGAUCGCAGCCAUAGUUUAUUCCAGUUCCUGAAGCGUGAAGGUAGCCGGUUUGUUGGCUGCUUUCUGUGGAUGGGAUGUUAGCUCGUUGAAGUUAUCCCCUUUACCCAAUAUUUCGUCUGGUUUCUCAUCUACAAGUGAGGGGCCAAGAAACUUAAUAAUCCCCAUUGAAAUGUUACCUAGCAACCGCCAAACGCCCCAAAAAGAUGAUACAUGAGUCGUCUUACUUACAAAUCUUCCUUAAGGAAUUUAAGAUGUUCAUGAUCGUUUCCACCUACUCUUUUUCGUCGCUAGACCCUUUCAAAGCGAAGGACAAAUCUGCUAAAGGACCAAUUCUACAUAAUCCUGGCAACUUGGAUCUUGAUGGCCCCG